AUGAUAAGUAUAAAAAUAAAUAAAACCUUAAUUUGUGUCGCCCUCUUUUAUUAUCAAUUUUUAAAAAAUUCCCACAAUCACUAACUGACCUUGACAAAGCCUUCUGACUCAAUCACUUUCGAACGAAUACAAUUUACAAACUGAAAAAUUUUAUUUUUUGGAGUAAAUCUAUUUUCCUCAAAUAUAAAAAGCUUUUACGGCAAAAGCGCACGCUUGCAAAAAAAUCUGCACGAAGCUUUUUUGUGUACUGCAAAAAUAAAUAAAAUAUAUUUUAUAUAAAUAAAUUUUUUAUUAUCAGUGAUAGAAAAGGAAACUAAAACGAAAUGCCACCGAAAAAGGUUAAGGGAAAAGGCAAAAAGAAAAAAGAGCCCGUAACGGAAGUGGAGCCGGAGCCACAAAUUGAAUUAUCUGACACUUCUAUAAAUGAGCGUGAAUUGGACUUGUUGGAUGACCUUAACGAUGACUUCUUCUCGGCAGCCAAUCAGACUAUACAAAAACUCAUGGAAGCGAAUCGCACUUAUGAAGCUUCGAAAAUUAAGAAAUACGUGGAUAUAAUAUUCAAUUUACAUCGUCGCUAUGCCGAUGAAGUGAAAGAGACGUCCGUGUUGCGACCACAAGUAAUACGCGCGGAGAAUAAGUUGCGCUUGGCCUUGGAACUGACCGCCAAUUCAGAGGAGGCUAUGGAGCGGCUGCGCGAAGCUCUAAGCAAAGCCUGGAUGGAGAGUGACGCCUCAUUAUUGCGCGAACAGGAUACGCAAGAGCGUUUGCAGGAAGUAAUGAUAAAAUGUGAAGGAAUAGAGAGCAAGGAGGCGAAGAAACAGGAUGAUACAUCGGAAUUUGGUAAUUUAUCAAAAUACAAAAACAUUAUUUUGCGUGAACGCGAUCGUCUCAACGGUGAGGUGAUUGAUCUUGAGAAACGUUUACAAUUCCAACGGUACUACUCUGAAUCUCUCGAGUAUAUCAACAAAAACAAUGAAGAGACUUUAGCAAAGAAUAAUAAGCAAAUGCGCAUGCUCGAAACGGAAAAGGGAAAUUUCGAGGUAAAAAUUCGAAGUUUGCAAAGUAAUCUCGAAGAUCAGAAGGAAAUCACUACGCGCACAGCUUUGAAAUUGGAUGCCGUUAAUCGUGAGUUGAUGGAAACACAAAAAAAGUUAGCGAAGAAAGUAGAAGACUACGAUCAGCAAAAGCAUACGGUGGAGAAAUUGCGUAAUGACAAUGCAAUAAGCAAUCGACAGUUGCUCAAGAAUGAUGAAGAGAUAACUGAGAUGCGAAUGGACCAGCGCGCAAAUGAGGAGCUUAUUAAAGCGUUACGACUGGAGGAUAAAGUAAAAGCCAACACAAUAAAUCAAAUCACAAAAAAAUACAAGAAGGCCGUGCAAGAUCACAGCUCCAUUUCAUCCAAGCUGUACAAACUGAAUCGACUGAAUAACACAUUGGGCGAGGAUAUUGCACGGCUGAAAAACCAAAUCAAUGCAUUGGAAAAGGAUCUGGUUAAUUCAACUUACAAAUUUGACGAACUGCGCAAUGUUAAGGAUAACAUACAACACGAGCGAGAUGCAUUGCGCAGCGAUAUCGUCAAGUUGAACAAUCAGAUAGCCGAUCUCAAACACACCAUUAUGAUGCAAACUAUCAAUAUCGAUGGACUUCAUUUGGAUAUAAAUAAAUUGAAUGUGAAACUAGACGAAGCGCGUAUAAGCGUGUCGAAGUCGCAGAAGGAGCGCGACGAAAUGGCGCAAGAGGUCGAGACGCUGCACGAACGCAUCGAAUAUCAACAAGAACAAAUUCAGUUGAAAUCGAAUCAAGUUACGGAUUUGAGCGAAAAACUACAGCAAAAGCACUUAGCUUUGAUCAACGUGAAAAAACAGUUGGAAACGGUCCAUUCAGAGAAAAUGGUGCUGAAACGAAAUUUGGAAACGUGUACGCAGGAACGCGAUAAUUUUCGCAUAUUGCAGACGAAAACGAAUCAUCAAAUUCAACAACUCACCGCAGAAAUAAUGGCCAACCAAAACAAGAUUUCCAACCUCAAUUUGCAAAUUGAGCGCCUGAACAACGACAAAAAAGAGCUGCAGUCCGAAUUGAAGAACAAGGAGAAUCUGUUGGCCAGUGUACGUCGUGAUUUACGCGAAAUGAAGACCAAAAACGACAACCUUCUCAAGACUAUACACGAAGAUGAGUUGAAGUUCAUGAAAAUGUCACAGGAUCUCGAUGAAACACGCAAGGAGAAGAACCUGGUUGGGCUGCAAAUGGUGCGACGCAAUGAUGAGAUCGUAGUGCUGCGUGAAAAGCUCAAUAAUACGCAAACGGCUUUGGAUCAAGGACAAACGCAGUACAAUCAACGUGUUGAAGAUAUACGUUUGCUUAAAAUGGAAAUAACUAACUUACAAACGGAACGUGAUUGCCUGACGCGUGCCAUAAAGAGUACAGCGAAUAUGCGCGAAGAAAUCAUAAGAUUGCAACGUUCUUUAAAUCAGGAACGUAUCAAGGUACGCUCACUCACUGAGGAUGCAAAGACACCAACCGGUGUACAUCGCUGGCGCAUACUCAAGGGUGAAGAUCCGAAUCGCUAUCAGUUGUUGGAGAAAGUGCAAAUGUUACAGAGGCGAAAUCUGAAACAAGAGAUAUAUAAAGAGAAGCUAGAGCAAAAGCUGGAAGAGACACAUCGUGUGUGUGAUACUCUAAAACGUGUGGUGGAGAAUUUGCCGACAACAGAUGUCAAAGAAAAGCUUGUAGUAACGCAGCGCAUUAAUCGCUCACAGUUAAAAAAAUUGAAAGCGCUCAGUGCGGAGUUAUCGAUCAAUCAAAUUGAAUUAAAAGCGCGUGAAUGCAUCAUUGAAGAAUUCAAAGACACGCUAAAGAAAGCAAAGCAGCAAGACAAUUAUGAACAGCAAAGCAUUACACAGCCAACACAGUCUGCAACAUCGAGCGCCGUUGUGCCCUUCGCCUACUCGAGCCAGGAGAAUUACAUGGAUUGCAUUUUUGUGGAGACCAGCGAUCCCAGCCAAGAUACGCAGGAGAUGAAGACAGUUUAACACGCUGACGAAAUAUUAUUAUUUUUUUUUUAUGUUUUUAAGUGGAAAUUUAUACACAUUUUCGGUUUAAGGGCACGAAGAACGCAUCUUUAUGGAAACAAUUUUUACCUUAAUACAUUUUCAGAUGUAUAAUUGUAUUCGAAAUUUAUCAGAGGCCGAGGAACGAUGAGUGCAAUAUACUAAUUAUAUGCGUAUGUAUGCCAUAAUGAGCAAGUUGUAUUAAGCAAGGUGUAAUUGCCAACUCAUUGCGGCUCUCUUUUAAGGUACUAUAAUAUCAAAAAAUGUAAACAAACCAUUUAAAAUUCAUACAAUUUUUAAAUUUUAUUUUAAUAUGACAUAGGAUAGUUCUUAUCGAGCACACUGUGUUAAUUACAUUUUGGUAAUGAUCGAAUGACUCUUUGACAUGGAAUGAGCAAUGUGUAAUUUUUAUUGAUAUGCUAGAAAUAAGAGGAACAUCUCUUAUUUCCUUCUUCUCAAUAUUAAUAUGUGCUGCUCAUUCCUGCAGGGAACUUUCACUCAGAGAAAAUGCCAUACUUGUUUUGUAAUUUAAUAAACAAAAAAAUAAUAAAAGUCUCGGCUCAU